CCUCAACUUCGCCCCACAACAGAUGUGAGAAAAGAGAGAUUCAGAAUGACGUUUUAUAGGGUAAAAGGCCCACGUAAUAUUCAAGUUGACGGUUUCUCGAAUUGGAAAAUGGGGACUUUAAGAUAGGUCACGACGGUCGCCUGGGACGGAUGGAUGCGUAUACGGGCGGCCUGGAGCCAUGACGGUAAAAAAGCGCAAAAAUUUUCAAUUUAAGAUUCGGACAACAAAACAGAGGACGGUGAAGAAUAUGUCUUUUGAUAAAGUGCGAAACUCGCUUGUAAUUUCUCUCGCAGAAAGCUCAAUUACUGAAGAAGAGUUUCCAUUUUAAAGGAACAAUACGAAUCGGAAGAAUAAGAGUACAAAUAAAGGCUAGCUAGUUUUCAAAGUUAGUCGAUGUUUUUCUUUGAACUUUCCUCUCCUAAGCCAACACCGUUUGCGUUAAAGAAAUCUUUUCUUGAUACAAAUACAGUUUUAUGUUUAAAAAGACGGCUAAAAUAACACUGUUACCUUUCUUUUCGGCAAUUUCCUCCGCCAUAGCGGACGACUCUAGCUAGAAAACAAGAAGUCGCCAAUUGCAGCGGAGCGGAGUUAUGUCUUGAACGAACUUCGACGUUUUCGUUUUUUUUUUUCAGUUCACCGAUAGGUAAAUCAGUAUAAACACAACCCAACGCAUAUUUAACCCAUUGGGUACUCAGUUUUAGAAGGCAAGUGACAGUAAGUAGGCAUGAACUCUUACCGGUCUUCACCGUUGUCUUCACGACGAGAAACCCAGCGAAAACAUACCGUCCCAGAAGGACGACGGUAAAAGUUCACGCGUGUUUUGCGUGACCUAGCAUCUAUUCAACCGUCGCAGGUGACCGUAGUGACCUAUCUUAAAGUCCCUAAUGAGCAGUGAAGAACUGUCCAAAACAAUGAUAGAAUUUUCUACGUGGUUUUCAUUACCAUCGUUAUCAUCUUGGCAAUUAUUUAUUCAAAAACGUAUUUCCUGUCGAAAUUGUUAAGUGUACGGUGACGUAUUUCCUACUGAAAUUGGUAAGUGCACGGUGACGUAUUUCCCAUUGAAAUUGGUAAGUGCACGGUGACGUAUUUCCUGUUGAAAUUGUCAAGUGUAGGGUGCAACUCCCUACUUUAGGAACUCUAGGGAGAAUGGGUACAAGCUUUGGGUGCAGUGAUUUCAGGGAUUGUUUGGGUGGACGAGCGUUAGUUAUGAUUGGUUAUUGGUAUUCAAGGUAAGCAUUAACCAAUCACAAUUAACGUUUGUCCACCCAAAUGAUCCCAGAAAUCGUUGCGCCGAAAGCUCGUGAACAUAACGAUUUAUUGCAUAAAUCAGCUCUAUUUACGAAACAUAAACAUGAUGAGCAAACUACCAGAAUUCACAACGCAAAGCGAAAAAACACAUGUCGAAGAAACCAAAGGGGGGGUCCGAGCCCCUGAAGACUAACUUAGGGCCUAGUUCCCACACGUCCGAACAAUCUAACAGAAAAUAAACUUUCAGUUCCGAACAGCUUGUACCUAGUCUGAUUCCCCUUAUAGUUUCUGGAGUGGGGAACUGCAUUUACUUGUUUUGUCGAUAUAAGGUGAAAUUUUCAUUUCAGAGCGUGACGCAUAAGGACGAUGGAAGUAUGACAGAAGUGGCUAUUGAUUUUGCCACUUACGGCACAAAACCCUCUGGAGAUAGGAGUGGUGCUUACCUGUUCCUACCAGAUGGUCCUGCCGAGGUCAGUGCUUUUUGGUCUGUUGCUGGGCAGUGCACACAGAGUCGUAUGAAAUGAGUUAAAUUUCCGCUGAAUUGAAUGGAAACUUAUUAUCAUGUAUGAAAGGGUGGGAUUUACAUUCUGGGUCUAUCGGUCAAUGGUCAGUAAUUUGUAAGCAUUAUUCUACGAUUCUCGAUUGAAGUCCUCUUUACAAGUACAGCACUUGUUCUUUCUUGUUGACAAUAUUUGUUUUUUCAUGUCGUGACUGAUUAAUUCGCAGGCUCACGCCCUAGGGGAGCAACCAUCGAUUUACGUAAGCAGAGGAAAACUGGUAAGUGACUGGUAAUAAGGAUAAGGAUCGAGUCUUUAAAAAAAAAGAACUUUACUUGGAGUAAAAAUGCUUCUUUUUCUUGAAAGUUCCUUCUUAAUGGUUGAGAGAUUAGUAUCUAAGAAAAGUUCCACGUGAUUCUUCUUUGGGAAGUGACACCAAAUAAAAGUGUGUACUGAACCGUGUUGAAACGUAAUGCCGCGCCAUAAAGAAUUCAAAAGCUGACUGUCUGUGUGUUACAGCGCCUCAAAACAUGAACGUCUGUUCUCUUUAAUAUGUCUUCAGAUGCAGGAAGUUCGAGUCGCCCUUCCAAAUGUCGUUCAUGUCGUCAGAAUGUAUUCCAUAUCUGGUGAGUGGUUUGUAUUUAGUUACACAAUUUGUUCACAAACUUAAUGGAGUAGGCACUGAUCGUGGAUAACGUGUAUGUUUGUUUGUGAGACGCGUUACAUGCGAGUGUUCGCUUGCCGAACCAACUCAGGCAACAAAGGAAGAGUUUAAAUACGUACAUGCAUGAAAAUUCUUUUCAUUAGGGCAAAUUAUAGAGGAAUUAAUUCCUUAAUCACCAACAGUAAAGGAAAAUACAAAAAGGCCCUUUGCAGCCGGUCAGAAAAGCAAAGAAAACGCAAUGGGGCAAGACUGAUAUCAUUCAAAAUUGAAAUUACUAUUUAAAUGAUGCGCUCUUUGUGUUGUUGCAUUGUGAUCCUUGCUUUCCAGCAAGCCAGGCCUUUUUAUGCCACGUGACUGACCAGCUGCAAAGGUCCUACUGCUUGUAGCCGGUGAAAAGCGCGGGAAAUCUCAUGCAAGUGGCUGAAAAGUUGGUUUUUGUUCUGAUUGGCCGAGAUCAGGCGCACAACUCCACUUUAGCUAAUCACGGAACGUAGUAUUGUAAUUCAACCAACUGAAAAUUUAUCUGAGAGCGAAAAUUGACAAGUGUAUUGUUGAUGGUACACUGCAGGUCCCGAAGGACGAACUUUGGAUAUCCAAAACAAAGUGGACAUCAGGGAUUUCGUGAACAAGGUAAGACAGCGCUUGUUAGUUGUUGUAAGGAAUUACCUGCUUACCGACAUGUGUAUGAUAGACGUUGUCAUGAAAUCUGGUUGCUCUUACUAAAAGCAACUUUCAUGUACUCUUGUCACUGCGUUUUCACCGAUCAGUUUGUUUGUGGAACGAUCGUGGUGUGCAUUUAGAGUAUCUUCUAGGUCUCACAAACCAGUCAGCAAAACCUACGUACCUGAAAAUUGGAUUUUUGACCUUUUAAUAACGUCGAGUUCGUUCUCUGUUGCUUGUACUUCGAAUGCACUCGUAGACGGAGCGGAGCUUCCAUUUUCGCGGGGGAAAGUGUUCUAAAAUGCAGCUUAAAGAAAACGAGUCCGUGACCUAGUAUGGAAGCCUUUUGCUACGGGUUAUGCCAGGCUCGUAUUAUCAAGCAAACUUAAGCGCUGUAAAUUAACACAAAUCUUUUUUUGCAGGAGUUAGUUAUGAGAAUAAAGAGCAACAUACAGAACACUAACAGAGACUUUUACACCGACUUGAAUGGAUUUCAGGUUUGUUGGAAAUAUUACUUAAAGUAUAUAGAUAAUGCCUUCUUUUCAAAUUGCUGAAGUUUCGAAAGUUAAGCUACUCAGCAAGUUUUCGAAUAUGCUGUUUUUGUUUGUUUGUUGUGCUCACUUUACAAUAGGAUGUCGUGCGGCGGGUGCUGUUUCCAAUAGCGGCCUGCACGCUCAGAUAAUUAGAGCUGAGGUCUUAUAAGCUGCAUGUUUUGAGGUCAAAUUUCACUUCAGCCUCUGAUUUUUUGGAAAGAAAGUCGUUUUUUCAAAACAGUAUAUUUGAGCUCCGUAAUGCGUAAGGGAAGGAUGUAUGGACAGUUUGAAAAUUUCAAAAUUAACGAGAAUUUGUUUGGAAAACCACUCAACCGUGACUGGGUGGCAGGAGUUGUUUUUUCCUAUACAUUCGGCGGAUUCGGCGAAGUAAAGAGGAGCGCGAAAAAAUAAAAACGAGGGAGGGGGUAGGGGAGAGGAGAGAGAGGGAACUCCUGUUGUACCGCACCGCUCUCCCCAGUCCCCCUGCUACUUUUCCUCGCUUUCUUUACUUCGCACCCGUCCUCACUAUCUGAAGGCCUGCCCUGGGAAAGGUUAGGGUGAGGAACAAGACUGGACUCGAAAGAGCGGCGGAUUGGAAAUCGAGCCUAUUAUAAUGGCUGCUUUUGAAAUAUACGGAAAAAUUCAAUGGUUGUCAAAUUUUGUAUUUUUUUCGUUGUCUUUUUCGUCUAUAUAAGUAGCAAAAUGCUUGCAGUUGUUUUUAUUUGGUCUGUAAGGAAACCGCGUUUGAGGUUAUUAACUGUGGAGACGAUCGCAUCAGUGCAGUGCUGUUGUUUGAAAAGUUGCACAGAAUGUGGCGCGUAAUGCCGCAUUGUGUGGCUACCGAGAUUUUACAAGUUUAAUAAUUAUUUAGAUUGUUACAAUUGAAAAUAUAAACUUAAAACAGUUUCUUACGUCUACCAUUACGUUUUGUUUGUCUUUUUUAGAUGCAAAAGCGUAAAACGAUGGAUAAAAUACCCAUCCAGGCCAAUUUUUACCCUCUUCCAUCCAUGGCUUUCCUUCAGGACAAAUCGACUCGUUUAACACUCGUGUCGGCUCAAUCCAAUGGAGUGGCUGGUCUUCAUCAAGGUAACUGCCGGAGUAAAAUCCUGGUUUUAAUCCUUGGGAUUGGGUUUUGGGAGGGGAAGGAGAUAGGGGAACCUGUAAGCGGCUUUGAAAACCGUCUCGAAACAGGUUUUAUGACAGGCACUUGAUUUCAUUGCAAGAAAGAAAUUGAAAACUCUAAAGGGGUAAAAAAAUUAAGAUCUAAGUAGGUACAUCCAGAUGUUCCCAUAAAGCGAGGGAGGAGGGGAGGGGAAGGGGAGCUUAUAACCUUUAAAAAAAAAGCGUUUUCUGUUUUCAAGUAGAUGAGCUUAUAACUAGGAGUGUUUAUGAGCGGGGGCUUAUAACUUGGUUUUAAGUUAUUGAUUGGAAAUGUCUCGGAUAUACAUUUUGUGAUAAAAUUCACAGUGUUUCGACCUCUCCGAGGUCAUUUUCAAAAACAGUUUAAAAAUAGGGUAUGGAUUUCAGGGUCUUGAGUCUUAAAGGGCGUGGAGGUUGGCGAUGAGCGCUCUACAUUUGUGAUGCCAACAAUUUUUUCCAAAAACUCUAAUUCCGUGUUUGAAAAUGGAAUGGAUCAGGGUUAUAAAAUAAUUUCACUUGUGAUAAGAAAUGAACAGUUAUUGUCUUUGUUCGUGCGUCCUUAUGCUCUUUGACAAGUGGAAAGCAGGCUUACCAAGAAAGCAGUAAUACGAAUGUAAUUUCGUCUUUACAGGUGAAUUUCAAGUUGUUCUUGAUCGUCGUUUGUACCAGGAUGACAACAGAGGCCUGGGUCAGGGAGUGACAGAUAACAAAGUCACUCCAGCUAACUUCCGACUUGUGGUGGAACGAUUUAAGACUCCAAAUCAAGUGAGUGAAAGCUUUCUCCAGUUGCUAAAUAGCGUAAUGUAACAGCGAGGCGUUCGUCUGGCUUUAUGGUACUUCGUACGGAAUUGAUUGGCGAAGACUGCUGUUUUUUCUCGAUGAGAGGCGAUACUUUUUCCACCAGAAAACAAAACUGCUGUUUCGUCAUGCGAAAAAAUUCUUUGUACGCAACCCGAUCUCCUGUUUCCAGUUCCUUUACCAGCUGGUGGUAAAUCCCUCUCUCCUCUCGCAAAGCAAUCCAGUCCCUCAUAUAAACUUUUCGGCUUCUCUUACGGGGUUGCUGGGCCUCUUCCUCAAGUAAAAAACUUAACCCAAGGGCGGCUAUCGCUCGCUUUCUACGAAAGCCCAACGCGUCCGCCAUUUUGUUUGCUGACACAAAAACACGCUGUCGACCAAUCACAACGCAGGAUUUUCUCAAUUAGCUACAACUUGCAACAUCGAAAUUUGUUGCGUGACAAGUUGAGAGCGAAGGUGGUAAUACGGGCAACAACGCUUUUCAACUUGCAACGCAACAAUGUUGCGCGACAAGUUGUGCGAAAAUGUUGCCCGUAUUACUUGACCUUAAGUACAGCUGCUCAUCAGACGAUUCGCAACGACGAUUUUUAGCGCAACACAGCGUUGCAACAUUGUUGCGACAUUGUUUCGAAUAGUUAAAACAUUGUUCCAACAUUGCAACGCUGUGUUGCGCUAAAAAUCGUCGUUGUGAAUUGUCCCGUGCAUGUAACAUCACCGUCAAGCAUCAACGACGGCGACGGCUUCGAAAACGACUUUUAAAAAUUGAAGUCGUGCUACUUCAAACUUUAUUGCACUCUUUCCAGCUCGUUCAAUUCGCAAAUGUUGGCAAUUGUUUUCUGGAAUUGAACUCUAAAAGACUGUAUUGAAGUUCAGGAAAAGAAAGAGAAAGUCGUUCGUUCUAAUUAGUUUUGUAAGGUCCCCAUUGAAGGGCGCUCAUGGUUAGAAAUGGAAAAUGUUACAAUGUACAUUCUUAAAAUUCUUUUGUCCCACAGAAUGGUAGUCCAGUAGCGUACCCCUCCCUCCUUGGGCACCGAAUGUUACACCAUUUAAAUCAUCCGCUGUUUACACUGUUCGCUGCUUCUGAAUCCUCCGACUCCGAAAAUCUGCUGUCAGAUUUCAACGGUCUACAGUCGGAGCUACCUAAUGACAUCUUCAUGGUGACUUUGCGUUCGGUAGCGGAUAAACAGCGGCCUCGUCCUAGUGGCGAGGCUCUGUUGGUGCUUCACCGAGAAGGAUAUGAUUGUAAUUUUCAAUGCAAGUGUCUAGCAAAAACAAGCGCAGGACAGGUAAGUAAAUAAUUAGAGACCUUUAGAUUCUAAGACUAGGACGACUAUGAGAAGUGAAGUGAAAUUCUUAUUGUGGAGUAUUGCACGAAAUAUUUUCGUGUGACGAUACAAAUGAAAUAUUUUUAGACCUUGACAGCGUUCUUAAUUGAAAAGAUUGCGACCAACAGAGAAUGAAAUAAAACAAGUUUGUCGACUGUCAAACGUCAGACGAAAUCGUCUUUCCUUCAGACUUCUAAAGAUGUGAGAUGCAUGGCACCUCUAGUGUUAGGAAAUGGUGUUUUUUGGACUGUGUUUCAAACGCAAGGGGAGACUUGAAUUCUCGUUGAAUAUGACCCAUUGAAAUGAAAGAGCAAAUUGUUUUUGUCUUUUACAAGAGAGAUUUGGGGAAAGGGUAUCUUGAUUUUGCUGAGUUUGAAACGUAUUGUUCAUUAGAAGACUUUUCGUGUUUCUUACUUCGCAGGUCCAGUUGAACCACUUGUUCAAGGACUUGUCCAUCGACAGACUCCAGUCCACUUCCCUGACAAUGUUGCACGAGUACCAGGAACUAGAUCCCAGCUCUCCGCUAAAAGUAGACCCUAUGGAAUUGUACUCUUACAAAAUGAGGCUGAAGUGAAAGUGGAGUUUUUUAGUAACGUUAUUAAUGUUUCGUGGUACAUGAGCAACUCAAAGGAUGCAUUCGUCCCCAGUUAAAACCGUGGUUUACCGGCCGGCAAGGUUUAAGUAAAAGAAAGGCUGGAACAAGUUUUUAACUAUUUUCUCGUAAAUAGCAGAGGUAGAUUCUAGAUUUUGUACCGUAGUCCGUAGAUAUUAUAGCGCACUUAGCUAAACAGACUAUUAAAAUAAUUCAUUUUUACACCAAUUUUUCAUAAGAGCAAAUAAUAAUAAAUGAAGCUAACGAAGGAAAAGCAAAAACGACGAGGAGAAGGAAAAAAGCAGUAACAAUGACUACAACCACAACAAAAAAGAAGGACAAGAAGACAGUGUAAAAAAAUUGUAUAUUAGAAUUUGUUUAGCCACAGACUACUUAGGAGUUCUUGUGAACUCAUUGAAACGUGUCCGUGCGUUCCAGAUCGAAUUGGAAUUUGAAAGUGUUGGUUUUUAAUUGCAAGUUUUUUCACCGGGGAGAGAACUAUACAAAUUUUAGACAGGGUAUAAUAAUUACGUCAAUAUUAUAUUUCAAUAUGAACUUGAUGGAGAGAUGAUUUUUCAUAAAAUAUAGGAUCUCACAAGCACAAAGAUUUCACCUGAAGAAAGAUUGAUCUCUAACAGAAAUUCUCAACACACUAAAGAAUAACAAUUGUACAAGUAAAUCGCAAUAGAUAUAGCUGCCUCUCACGAAGGCUAGAUGGGAGUAGCCUCCGUACCAGGCGCCGGUGUUGUGAGGGCGAAGGGGAAAUUUCGAGGACGUGCGCGCGCACAAGGCAGGGGAGAAAAGGAGUGGAGGCGUCGUCUUCUCCGCUUCUCUCACCGGCGCCUGCUACACAGGCUGGAUGGAAGUGAAUCUGUCGUUCACUGGCACCAUGCUGAUCUUUCGUUGUAAAAUUAAAGGAGCGCCCGCGCAUAGACUGCAAGCAGUUCCUGAGGAUAAUCUCGUCCCCAGAGCCUGUGUCCAUCUUAGCCGGCGAAGCCUGGGCACAAGAUAGUCCUCGAUCUCAGGCUUCGCCGACCAAAUGCAUGGGACAGGAAGACAGGAAGCUAGUAUGAACUGUCGCUAUCCUCGACGACUGGACUGCUUGCUCAUUAACACCACCACUACCAGUCUACGGUGCGGAAGGCAUUUUGGUUGAGUGGAGUUCCUCAUGUUUCCCCGAGCAGCACAUUUUUUGCUUGCAGUUCAGUUUCAUUUACUCUCUCGAGGAACGCAGCAGGAAAAUAGGGCAUUGUUCGUGGUCUAAAAGGGUCAAAUCUGUAAAGGUGUACCGCGAAUUUGAUUCGGCGAAAACAACUAACAACAAAUAAAUGCAAAUUUUGAACUUUGAACAACGCUUCCUACCCAUGUAAUGCUGGUUUUGACUGAGAACUUCAUCACCCUAUCUAGCCUGCGUGGCAGGCGCAAAAAGGUGAGGGGAGGGGGAGGGAGAAAAGUGCGAAAGCAAAAGGGUCCCUUACCCUCUCUCCCCAUUCUCCCUCCCUUUUCCCCUUCCUCCCUAUCCCCUACUUCCCCUACCCCUUUCAACGCCUGUUACUCAGGCCACACCCUAUCUUUGGAACCCCAUAUCAUACAUGUUGGGCCUACCCAUUUUUAGUAGUUUAACUAUGUAUGAAAUUCAUUUAAAACAUUCUCAGGGAAGAAAUAAAACUCUGCAGUUAAG